AUGGAUCUAAAAGCUAUUGAAAUAUACAAUCAUCUAACAUAUUGGUGUUAAAUUAGCAAAGAAUAUGUUAAAAACUUUAUUACUAACUUAUAAGCAUCUCAUCCUGAAAUUUAGUAGUUAGAAUAUUUAGAAAAUAGCGAUUUCUCACUAACACUGAAAGGAUUUGAUUCUUAAAAUAGUUAAAAUUUAGCUAUAAAACUUUACUUAUUAGAUUAAACAAAUUCCAAAUUUUCAAAUGAUUUUGAGAAAGCAGAGAUUUAAAACGAAGAGUAAACCAAAGAAUUAUUACAUCAAAUUGAUUUUGAUUAAGCUUGUAUAAGGAUUUAUAAUUUUUAUGACUACACGUAUUCAGAAAAGCUUAUUGGUACUAAUGAACUGCUUAGACUUUCGGAAUAAGAAUUAAAAUAUGUUAGAAAUUUAUAGCUAGUUUUAUGUUACAAUGAUAAUUUAUAAUUUGCUGAAAUAAAUUAAAAACUUAAAUAAAUUUCGAGGAUACAAAACUUAAAGUUAAUUAUAUUUGAUAAAAUCGGGUAUGAAUUUGAAGAAAUAGCAAAAAUUAUAUGUAACUUUAAAAAUAUUGUAGCUUUAUCUGUAAAAUGUUCUGAAAGAUAAGACACUGGUUAAGCUUACAAUAAUUUGAGUUAAAUCAAAUCUUUAAAAAGACUUAGCAUAUCCGACUUGGGUAAUGAUGAAUAAUUAUAAGGUAUCUUAUCUUUAGUACAGAAUUAGUAAAAUCUAAAAUAGGUUAAAUUAUCUUUUCAAAAAAAAUUGAACAAUUAGUUGAUAAUUAAAUUAGCAUAAAUAUUUAUGUCACUUAAAGAUAUUGAAUCCAUCGAUUUAAUCCUAGAAAAAACUGAAUUAUAGUACUCAACAUAUGAGAAUAUUAUGGAGUGCCUUUCAAAGUGCUCCAAGCUUAAGUGCUUAAAUUUAAAUUUUUAUGAAAACAAUUUCAAAAUCAAUAACACAGAAAAUAAAUAAAAGGGCAAAAGCGAAUUAGAUUUUUUAAGUUUCUAAGAAUUGUGUUUUAGUUUAGGUUUUAACAAAAUUUCCUAGCAAGGUUUUAAAGACUUAGAAUUUUACAUAUCAAGUUGCUUAAAUUUAAAAAAUCUCACUUUGAAUCUGUAAAGGAUUGUAAAUGAUGCUUAAGGAGGAAUUUUGUUGGCUCAGACAAUAGCAGAUUCAAUUCAGAAUUGUUAAAAAAUUGAAAAUUUAAGUCUUAAUUUACUAAAUAAUAAACUAAGUUCAAAAGGAUUAGUUCAGCUUUCAAAAGGGUUACAGAAUUUAUCUAGUCUUUCUUCUUUGAUACUAAUUUUAGCUAAUAAUGAUUUAAAUGAUAAUCAAAAUAUUGAAUCUUUUGGAGUCUGUAUUUCUAAGUUGUCAAAAUUGAAUAAAUUAAUGAUAGAUUUUAAUGGAAAUAUCUUGACUUCAAUAGGAGCAAACUAUUUAAGCAAUGGUUUAUCAAACUGUAAACAAAUCAAAGAACUCAUGUUGAAAUUUGAUUAAAGUAAUUUAAGCCCAUAAGGAGCAAAAUCUCUUGGAAAUUGUAUUGCUUAACUACCAAAUUUGGCCAUAUUAUUUCUUAAUGUUAGAAAAAAUGAGAUACGUGAUGAAGGGUUAAUUUAUAUUAGUGAAGGAAUAUAACACUGCAGUUUCUUAAAAAGUUUAAAUCUUCAUUUGGUCUAUCAUCAUGACUUUAAAAAAAACGCAGUAAAGGUUAAAAAACUUACUCAUUUAAUAAUUGGAAAUGUUACAUAUUGA